AAUCCAUCCAUUAUACAUGAGGUAGGCAACAUAGGCAACAGAAUAUCGUUCUGGAGGAAUUCCACACGCACAUUGGAUGUAACCUGAAUCCUUUACACCUGGGCAUGUAACGACGAACGCUUGACCCCAAAGAGCUUCAACGUUGCUUUUUGCGGCAACCAUUUCUUUUGAUACCCGGGCAUUUUAUAUUUUGCAUCUGUGCCUCGUAAAAAUUGAUAUGAGCAAACCGCAGAAUAAUCUCGAAACCUCAACGAGCUAGAACAGUUCUGGGCAUCCCCAAGCUGCCAAGCUUUCCAGCAACGCUUCCAUAGGCGCUAAUUACCGGCAUUGGAAAUGAGGGCGGACUGCUCUCUGACCUGUGCGCGACGUCGUUGCCCGGUCGUCCAAUAGCCUCCCCGGUGUCAACGGACCACCUUAUUUGCUCCCACCGCCAAAUACGAGAUCGCGAACGUGGCUCAGCCCACACCCACGCCGUCGGACAACAAAUCAUCGACAUAGGGUGAUCAAUGGACGUGUUCGUGAUGAUAAAAAGCCACACCGGCAGGUAAAUUGGGGGGAAAGGGGGUUUUUUUUUUCUAUUUUUCUUUCUUCUCACCAGCAGACUCGCCACCCCCAAAGCAAAGCAGACAAACACAGCCCAGCCUUCCAUCCAUAUCAAACGUACCUAUCUACAGUAACUACCUACAUCCCUUCCUAAUACACCAAACAACCCCCAAAAAAUGUCUGACGCCGCCACCACCACCGCCGCCGCCACCGCCACCAGCGCGAGCGUCGGCGCCGCCAACCCGACCGCCUGCGCGCGGCUCUACGAGCUGCCGACCGCGGACGCCGCGUGCGCGAUGCCGUACGGCAGCAACCACACGGACAUCAUGACGGCGUGCUGCGGCGACGCCGACGUGAUCUCGUACUACGACGACUGCGGGCUGUACUGCCUCGCGCAGGGGCAGACGGUGAACCAGCUGGUCGACUGCAUGUUUGCCAAGGGCGCGCCGUGGCAGGCCGUCUUCUGCUCCGGCCCCGACACCAACGCGAGCGCCACUGCCACCGGCCACGACGUGCCCACCUCCGCGCAGGCCAGCGUCAUCGCCACCGGGAAGGGCGCAAGCGGCGCUUCGUCGACGGGCAGCGGCGACUCGACCUCGACCUCGACGGAUGCGCCGGGCGCCGCGGCGGGCCUGAGGCCGGAGUACAACAGCGUCACGACGCUGGGGGUCACGCUCGGCGCGAUUCUCUUCUCGGCUACGGCUUUUGGGGCUCUGCUUAUUUAAGGGUCCGAAGGGAAGGAAGGAGAGAGAGGGACUUUAAUCAUCUAUGUGUCUGAAUGGAAUGCUACCACGGUGGAGAAGUAAAGCAAGGAAGUAAUAUCAUCAGCAAGGCGUCGAUACUGUACUCGGGAUUUAGCAUAUUACUGCCUAUUAUAUACCAUUUGCAUUUUUGUAGCGACAAAAAAAAAGAAUUGGAUUUGUUUAUUGGUUUUUUGAAGGCACAGACAGUGAAAGUAGUUUUUAGCACAUUAAUACUUACCUAUGUGUACCUACCUACCUACCUAUGCAGGUAUAGUUGCCGCAUCAUGAUAUACUGCACCACCCCUGACAUCUAUACAUCCCAUCGAUGGGAUUUUCAUAUGCCCAGCUUCGUAGCCCUCCAGGUCUUAUUAGCCCCUUUCAGUAUCGACCUACCAAGGUAGGUAAGUAGGCGCUUGCUAAAAGUGAACCCGGGGCUAUUACUACUACCGUAGCGGGAAGCCCUUACUCGCGAGAAUCAUUCUAGAAACAUUGCAAGUAUUCCAACUCGAGAAACUAUUCUUGCUCUUGUAAUGAUUCCUCUCGAU